CGGCCCCAGUGGACUCGUCUGAUCAGGUAUCAAAACCUUCAAGGUCAGGAGCGCUAUGGUGAACCCGUGGAUCCUACAAUGGACAUUGGACUGGCGCUGGCCAACGCAGAGCCGAUCAUGGCUCCCUGGGAGAACGGAAGGAGGCUCUCCGAGACGGAGCAGGUCCACAGGCUGCUCAGCCCCAUUUCGGCUGAGAUGUGCGGGCUGAUUCGAGCCGUAGGUCUCAACUAUGUCGAUCACGCAAUCGAGCUCAAAGUACCCAUCCCGACCGUCCCCACCCUGUUCUUCAAGCCGUCUCACGCGAUCGCCCCUCCGAACACAGUCAUCAUCGUUCCUCCCGUGGCUCAAGACGAAGAACUGGAUUUCGAGGUGGAGCUCGCAGUCAUCAUCGGCCGGGAGACAAAGGACGCCAAGGAGACAGAUGCCAUGGACCACGUACUUGGAUACACGGUUGCCAAUGAUCUGACCGCAAGAAAGCAUUGGCAGUCCUCGAGUCAGUGGGGGUUUUGCAAGGGCUUUGAUGGGUUUUGUCCCCUUGGACCUUGCAUCGUGGCUGCUCAUGCAAUGGAUCCACAUCAACUCUCGCUCACCACGCAUGUGAACGGGGAGAUUAUGCAGAAUGGUCUAACCAGCAGCAUGAUCUUCUCGAUUUCAAAGCUCGUGUCGUACCUCUCACAGGGGACCACUCUUCCUGCAGGUACAGUGAUCAUCACGGGCACUCCGCCGGGCAUUGGAGACAGCCGAUCGCCAAAGGUCUGGCUCCGACAUGGAGAUGUGGUAGAAUGCGCCAUCUCAGGUGGGAUCGGAACCCUCAUCAACACGAUCGAGUACGGGUCGCCUGCGAAGAUCAAUAGGGGAUCUGAGGGUAGUUGA